UUUCUACAAAACCCAGUUCCCACUCAACUCUGAGAUUUUGAUUUUUUGGUUCAUCCAUGGCUCUGUUCCGAAGUCAGACGGCCUCCCUUUCCAAAUAUACUGCCUCUCCUUACCCAUUUCGCUAUCACGUGUUCUUGAGCUUCAGAGGUGAGGACACUCGAAAGAACUUCACUGAUCACCUCUACGCGGCUCUGGUCAACGCCGGAUUUCAUACUUUCCGAGAUGACUCUGAACUGGAGAGAGGGGAAAAUAUCAAGGAAAAGCUUGAGAACGCCAUUCAACAGUCACAAAGUUCUGUGAUUGUGUUUUCGAAAGACUACACCUCUUCCAGAUGGUGUCUGGACGAGCUUGUUAUGAUCCUUCAACGCAAGAGGACCUCUGAUCAUGUCGUGUUACCCGUCUUCUACGACGUCGAUCCAUCCCAUGUGAGGAAGCAGGCAGAAACUCUUUCAAAGGUUCCUAAAUACCAAGAAAAUCAAUCCUCGGAGAAGUUGAAUGGAUGGCGGGCAGCGCUUAGAGAAGUUGCAGAUCUAGCAGGCAUGGUUUUACAAAAUGAAGCUGACGGGCACGAGUCAAAGUUCAUACAAAAGAUUGUUACAGUGAUUCAAGACAAGCUAGGUGGUGUGCCCCUGACCCAUGUCCAGGAGGUGUUACAGAACAAGUUGUUGUUUAUUACGCCGCACCUCGAUGACGCCGAGGGGAAGCAACUGAACAACCCAACUGUGAAGGCAUGGCUCAAUGAGCUUAAAGAAGCUGUCUAUGAUACCCAGGACCUAUUGCAGGAGAUCAAGACAGAAGCAUUAAGACGAAAGAUGGAACCCGAAUCUGGAAGUAGCACGAGUAAGGUACAAGACCUCAACUCCAGUCUCCUAUCUCAUGCUUUUGACUCAACAUUAAUUUACCUCAGGGUAGAGGAAGUUCUUAAUAGACUAGAUUCCAUUAUGGAGAAGAGAAAAUAUGUCUUGGGUUUGGAAGCAAGUGCUGGAUACAGGGUAUCGCAAACACUACAGUCAACUUCUUUGGUAGAAGACUCUGGUGUGUGUGGUAGGAAUGACGAGAAGGAGACGCUUAUUAAACUGUUGCUAUCAGAUGAUGAGAAAAGCAAUAAUAUAAGUGUGAUUCCUAUUGUGGGUAUGGGUGGGAUCGGAAAGACCACCCUUGCCCGGCUUUUGUACAACGAUGUUAGAGUUGAACAACAUUUUGACAUCCAAGCAUGGGCUUGUGUUUCUGAAAAAUUUGAUGUUCUUCGGAUCUCACAACAAAUUUAUGAGUCCCUUACUUUAGAUGCUUGCAACAUUGGGAACUUACAUCUACUUCAGUCAAAAUUGAAGGCAGCUUUGAAGGGGAAAAUGAUUUUCAUUGUUCUUGAUGACGUGUGGAAUAAGAAUUAUACUGAAUGGGAGGUCUUAAGGCGUCCUUUUCAAUUUGGAGCACAUGGAAGUAAGAUUAUUGUCACAACACGCAAUCAAGAUGUUGCACGUAUGGUGGGUACUCUUGAAGCUCACUAUCUAAUGCCAAUGCCCGAGGAAGAUGGUUGGCCAUUAUUUGAAAAACAUGCCUUCAAAAAUGCAGGUGUUGGUGUGCGCGCACAUCUUGGAGAAAUCGGUAGACAAAUUGUUCGAAAGUGCAAGGGUCUUCCUUUGGCUAUUAAGUCCCUUGCGGGUCUCUUACGUUCUAAAUUAAAUGUUGGUGAAUGGGAAACUAUAUUGAACAGUGACCUGUGGGAGUUGCCUUUGGAGUGUGACAUUCUGCCAUCUCUUUGGUUGAGCUAUAUGUACCUGCCUUCACAACUCAAACAUUGUUUUGCAUAUUGUUCGAUAUUUCCCAAGAACUAUGUGUUCGAAACAUCAGAAUUGGUUUACUUGUGGAAGGCUGAAGAUCUAGUGCAACCUAAAAAAACCAAAACUGCAGAAGAAAUCGGACAAGAUUACUUCAAUGAUCUAAUCUCAAUGUCAUUUAUUCAAGUUGCAUCAAGUUCCGAUAAAUAUAUCAUGCAUGACCUUAUUAAUGAUUUAGCAAGCUUUGUAUCAGGAGAAUUUUUUUCUAGGUGGGAGGGCAGUGAUUCACCCAACAAUUUGAGCAAGACUCGUCACUUUUCAUUUAUGUCGAGAUAUUGUGAUGAGACUGAUAGCCUAGAGAUGUUUGAGGCUUUACAGCAAGCUAAACAUUUGCACACCUUACUACAAUUAGGACCAUAUAUGCGGUGGACGUUCUCGGGCAAAGGGUUCUAUGAGGCAUUGCCAAAGUUUCAAUGUUUAAGAAUGCUCAAGUUAUCAGGGUACUAUAUUGAUGAAUUGCCUGAUUCAAUUAACAACUUGAAACAUCUUCAGCACUUGGACUUGUCUUACAGUUCCAUCGAAAAGUUACCUGAUACAAUUUGUACUUUGUAUAACUUGCAAGUAUUGUUGUUGGUAUGCUGUACAGGCCUUACUGAACUGCCAGCUAACUUGGGAAGAUUGAUCAACUUGAGCCAUCUGGAUAUUACAAAGACGUUAAAAAAGAUGCCACCACAAAUGGGUAAGUUGAAAGACCUCCAGAUGUUACCAGAGUUUGCGCUAGACAAACACACUGCUGGGGAUAAUUUGCCGGAGUUAAAGAAGCUUGAAAAAUUGCGUGGAAGACUUUGUAUCUCAGGGCUUGAGUAUAGCAGCGGUUUGGAGGCCUACAUACUGAGGGACAAGAAGUUUCUUAAGGAACUGGUAUUGGAAUGGAAAGACCCGAUUUUUUUUUGGGGAGGAAGGGAUUCAUGUGAAGAAGGCAAUAAUACUGUAGAAGAAAGAGAAGUGCUUGAGAAGCUCCAACCUCACCUGAACCUGGAAAGUCUUAAAAUUAGAGGUUAUAGAGGCAAAAUGUUUCCAGGUUGGUCAGAAUAUUAUUCUUCCUCUGCUCUCGUUUAUCUUGAACUUUUUGAUUGUGAUAAUUGUAUAUCCUUGCCACCAUUGGGACAGUUACCUUCCCUCAGAGAGCUUGUAGUAAAAUUCUGUCCCAAUCUUACCGGGAGAUUAGCAUCAGACAGUCUCCCAUCUCUUGAGUCUUUGGACGUAUAUAAUUGCCCAGAAUUUGAAUGCUUUCCCGAAGAUGGAUUCCCGUCAAAGUUAAAAUCACUUGAGUACUUCGACUGUAAAAAAGUGAAUGCAAAGAGAGUGCAGAAUCUGAACAAGGGUCUCCGAACACUCGCCUCUCUUAAAAGACUGGUACUUGAUUUUGACUGCGACGAAAAAGUAGAUUGGUUUGCGGAGGAGCUGUUUCCCAGCACUCUCACAUAUCUAGAGAUCUGCCGUCUGAAUUGUGAGACCAUCGACGGCGCCAAGUGGUUUGGCCAUCUCAACUCUCUUCAGACAUUGAUUAUUCGCGAGUGCCCUGCGCUCCGGUGCUUGCCAGAAAGUGGGCUACCCUCUUCUCUUCAACGCUUGGAGAUUUGGAAUUGUCCUGCGCUCCGGUGCUUGCCAGAUAGUGGGCUACCCUCUUCGCUACAUAUCUAUGAAUGUCCUUUGCUUGAGAAACGGUGCCGAAGAGAGACGGAUGAAGAUUGGCCCAAGAUUCACAUCAAGGCAUAUUUAUUGGGUAACGACAGAGGGCUUGCAUUCUGAUCAAUUUGGCCAUGUCUCAGAGGGCUUGCAUAUUCUACGUGUAAGAUCCUAUUGUUUGAAGUCAUUGUUGAUUCCACAGUUCUAGGGUCUUGCUUGAACUCAUGAUCAAUGGGUUUGACAAGGACAAGCCAUACGAAGGAAAAACAGACCGUUUCCAUUCCCCAAGCAGAGGCAUGCACACAUGGGAUAACCCACUCUGAUAUCAUGAUAGAUGAAGUGGCUAUAUACUCUCAACACGCCCCGCACGUGUGGCGAAUUUUCAAGUCAUAUACGUGGACAACUUUGGGUGACGUGGAGCCUGUGUGGCUCUGAGGCAUGCACACGUGGGA